GUCUUUCUAGUGAGUUUUGGCCUACUAUCUGAAUUUUUGCAUUUUAUUUCAUGAGUUUGCCUUGCCCUUGGUCUAGUACUAUACUAAAAUGAAACCUGUUCCUUCAAGAGCAAGUAAUAUUUCAACUAGAUCUAGAACUAGUAUUGGUAAUACAAAUAAUGCCAAUGGCAAUGCCACUUCUGGUGGAGGUGUUAAUACUAGAGCAAGUGGCGGUAAUAAUAACCGAGGCAGAAGGAGUGUAGGGAAUGCAGGUCCAGGAAAGAGUGCCGGGAGUCCUGCACCACAACGGAGUAGCCAGCCUAGAUCUAGCUCACAACCUAUUCAGACUCGUAGGACUGAAAUUGCACCUGCUAGUUACAGUGUGUGGGUUUGUAAGUUGUGUGACAUUGAGUUUGAUCAAGAUGAAGAUAAACUUGUUGUUUGCAGUAGAUGUGACUAUGCAUUCUGUGUGUCUUGCCUGCAAAUGCCUGAUGAUCAGUAUGAUUUUCUGGCGAACUCUAGUGCUGAUCUACAUUGGUAUUGUCCAGAUUGCAAACAGCCUGCUCUCCAUGCUGUGCGCGAUGACUUUGAAAUUGAAGAGAGAUGCCAGAUGUAUUUUUCCAAAGUGGCUGCUAGAAUGGAUCAAUUUGAGGCACAAUUAGCAGUCAAAGCUGAUGUUUCAGUAACAAAUGAGCUAUUUCGCAGGGUUGAGAAGUUAUAUGGAGAUAGUGAAGGUACUUGGAUGAAUAUUGACCGGCUAUUCAGAGAUGUUGAUCAGUUGCAGGCCAGUCGCAGUGGUAUGGAUGAGUCUGUUACUGCUGCAUAUAUCAAUGAAAUGGAUGCAAGAAAUAAGAGAAAGAAAAACGUGAUAUUUUUCAAUGUGGAAGAGGAGGGUGAUGACAUAGCAUCUUGUAAGGAGCAUGACGCAUCUGUUGCAUCAAAUCUAAUCUCCACGAUCGAUGAGUCGGUUGGUAGCGUUGAUGCUAAUGACUGUAGGCGACUUGGCCAGAGAAAUGCAAGUCAGGGUAACCAAAAACCCAAGCCUCGCCCACUCCGGGUGACAGUAGCAUCUGAGCAACAGAGGGAUGCUAUACUGAAGAAGGCUAGUAGGCUAAGGGAGAGUGUAGCGUCUAAGCACAUUGCUAUUCGUAAAGACAUGACACCCAUGGAGAGACAGCGUCACCGUGAAAAUGCUAAGAAAUGGAGAGCACAGCAUGCUCAAACUGAACAGGGCCCUGGAUCUGGAAGGUCAGAAAGCCUCCAAUCCAAUGGGCAUCCCAAGACAACCCCGCACAACCAUACUGGGGCGCAGGAUCCAUCUGGCUUUCCCCCAUUGGGUGAUAGUCGACAGGCAAAAAAGUAA